AUGCCUGUCAUCUCCUCUUACGUCUCCCCUCUCCUCAAACGUGCCGCCGUUGCUUCUCCAUCUCCAUCUUCCGAUAUCGUUUCUUCGGCACCAAACAUCAUCACCAAAGCUCUCUCCGCACGCGAUGUAGUUCCCACAGUUGAUCCCUCUAGUGGUGUCACACCUUUCGACACUGUUCCUAACAAAUUCGUCUUCAUAGUCAUUGGACUGAUUGGCGCUGGCUUUGUUAUCACUGGUAUCUGGUUCUUUUUCAUCGCUAAAAACGGUGGAUUUGUCUUUCACGAAAAUGAUUGGGAUGAUUAUAAGUCUACGGUCUUGAGACGCAAAGGUCCCAAUGGUACCACUCUCUCUGGAGCUUCAGAAGCUACGGAUCUUGGAGGUGGUAGUAUUGUACACGGAGAAAAGAAGAGAAGCACAUGGGGAAGGAAGAACAAAAAGAGUAAGAGAGGUGGAAGUGGUAUGGAAAGAUCGAGAUACAAGGACUAUGAUGAGGAAGAGAGUUCACUCGGUACGCAAAGUGAGGUCACCUAUAGCGAGAUGAGUGAGGUCAAUUACCCACGAAAGGAAAAGAAGAAUAAGAAGAGCAGACUCCGCGGUGGUGACUUGGGCGAUGUACCUGAAUCAGAAUACGGCGACAAUAUUGCGGAUCUUCGAGCAUACCGCCAUGAGAAACCAGCACGAGUCGGCGGCAUGAACAGAGAAAGCGAAUCUAGUAUUUGGGAAGGAUCUACAAACCCUGAAGGCUCAACUGUUUCUGAUGGACUUAUGCAAAACCGCGAGAGAUCUCCUGAGCGUGCCCCUGAGAGGCCAAAGAAGAGUAACAACAAAGAUCACUAUAAAAUUCGAAAGGUUAUCGGAACAGUUCAAGGCCCACGUGUUGCUACUUCGACAAAGGAUAAUGGUGGAAGCUCGACUUUCUGGAACAGACAGAACACAACCAAAAAGAGUUCAAGACAAAGCGAAGCCGAUUCAAGCGUAACGGAUGAUGAGAGAAUCAAGGCAGAAGCCAAGAAACUUCAAGAUAAGGGACGCGCAGCUCAACGUAGAGAUUUCAGUUUCCGCGUUGGCGACGAUAAUAGUUCCGCAGCCGCAUCUUCCCUCAUUUCAUCUCGUGACGCAGCCGCAAUAAGAGACCAAGAGCGUCGUGAACGAGAGGCGAGACGUGCUAGGCGCGAGGCUAGAAAGCAAAGCAGAGAUAAAUCACAUUUGGCUCCACCUGCUUAUUCCGCUGCUGAAUCGAGUAUCGGUGGAAGCGAGUUGAGCAGUGUGAGAGAGGAUAGUGAGGUUAGUGGGGAUACUGGACACAAGAGUUAUCCUUGCUUCAUUCCGGGCUUGAGUAGUGAGAGAGGUGGAAAUGAAACGGAUUAUACGGAAGAUAGAAGGAAGAAGAGAAAUGGGGGAUACAGAAGGGAGUAA